CAUUCGUUCAAUUUUUGCUGUCGUUGACGGAGUUUUCCUCGCACUUCGUCUUGGAUCGCAUCAUUCCUGUCAAAAACGCGCGCAAGGAAACACGUAAUUUACUUGAUUUUUCGAUCAAUGAUCAUUGUUAUUGUUUGUGAACGGUACAAUGUAUAAAACGUAGAGUUAACGCGGCUGCUUGCACCGCUGAUAUUGUGUUCCUAUGAAAAUAUUAUUGUGCAAUACACCCGGUGUACAUUUUGCAGUCGUUAGUGAACAGUCGACUGUGUAUUGGAUUUUGCAAAUUGUAUCUUGUAGCAAGGUCGUGACUUUUGAGACAAAAAUCUAGAUUAUUUAGUGGACUGAUGUGUGCUCCCGUCAUUUAUAAAACUUUUGUGGAUUAUUUGGUGUUGUGACAGUGAAAAGAAAACUCAAAAAAUGGGUACCACAGGGCUGACUCUGGCAGAUUUGCCAAAUAUUUUUAUUAUGAUCGGCGCUCUCGUGGCGCUUUUCGUAAUGUUAGUCAUUCUACUCAGGAACAUGGAGGUGAUAGGCAUAAUGGGUGAGGGCCGGGAAGACGCCUGGGCCCGCACCAUGCAACCACCCAGACUCCUCAUGCAGAGGGUGCACAUACCUUUUACCUUUAAAGUACAGGAAAACGCACCUAUAGGAUAUAAUGGUGUAAACUGCUGCGUAUCCUCUACAGUGAGGUACUGGCACGCGAGCUGGUGGGGAGCUCCUGUUCGGGAGCUGCACAGGACGCUAUGGGGCUCGCUAGCAGAGAUCUUAGCCUCAAAUAACUUUAAUUUUACAAAAAGCAGCCCUCACGAUGAGAAAACAUUGAGGCUAUCAACGGAGGAGCCACUCCAGCUCGGGCCACCUCCUAGGUCCUGCUACCCCCUGGUUGUGAUCUUGGCGCGAGAUCUUCGAGACACAGGGGAACUCAGACCUGAUGAUACGGUGGCGUUAAUAAGCGUAGUGCAUAUCAGAGACGAUCAGUGCCCACUGCCAAGCGGUGUGAUCGCGCAGUACUUGAAGCAGGCGAAUGGACAUCUGUCCUGUUUGAAGCAACUAUACGUGAGCGGUGAGUGCGGGGGCCCGGCGGAGGGGUACGGGGCGGCGCACAGCGCGGCCGACGCGUUGUGCUGCGUGUGCGCCGCGCACCCACUGUCCCGCGCCCUGCUGCCCUGCAGGCACGCCUGUCUCUGUGCCGACUGUCUGCCGAAACUGGACAAGUGUCCGAUAUGCCGCAGUGUGAUCACGAGCUACUUCUGCAUCCGCAACGAUGACGAGCGCGACCUCACCGAGCUGAAGCAGCAACGGUUCUUCAACCGAAGACUCUUCAACCUGUUCCACUACCAUUAGCCAGGUGACGCAAAACAAUGACUGAAGUGUAACGUGGAAGGCCCGUAAUACCAUAUUACGACUUGCCACGCAUCCCAACCGUGUGAUAAUAUAAAAUAAAAACAAUCCUCGACUGAUAACAGGAAUGUAAGUUAAAAACUACGUAAAAAUAAUAUGAAAAAACAUUAAAAGACAAUUUUAGUGAAUAAAGUGAAAUUCUAUGUGAUUAUAAUACGUGGAUGAGUGAGGUUAUUGAGUGUUGUGAGUGCAUCGACUUGGCUGUUACCCUCUUC